AUGGAGUACACGCCCAGCGUGACGAAAGUAAAGCAACUAUUAAAUUGGAAUCAAGACCAAAGUUGGGAUCCUGAAAUGCGCAUUGAGGUCUCUGAUACUAGGUAUCAGGAUUUCAUGGUCGAGCUUCAUACGUUUCAUCCACAGGCCCUGAUUCGUCCGCGGGCUUUUAUCUCCUGGACUGUAUCGGCAGCCAUGGGCAAGAUUGUGGAAGAUAAAUUGGAGCCCAGGGGCUUCAUCACCAUCCAGGUCCCAUUCCGUCUAUCAAGUCCCGCCGAAGAGCCAGGGUAUGAGCAGCUCAGUACAGAGAUUCGACAGUCUGUGCCGCCGCGUACGAUCUUCGCUCACUAUGCGAGUAUCGAGCUUGUGGAGCUACUUCCUCCGUCGGAAUCUUCUGACCGGGUCAUCAGGUGGACGAUGGCGACGACAUCGGAAGCUGGGGGCAAGAUUCCCCAGUGGGUUCAGCGAAAUUGGACGCUGGGUGGAGUUCCCAAAGCUGUUGUUGCUGAUGUAGGUUUGUUUAUCGGAUGGAUUAUGAAACAGAGGGAACGAAGGGAGACUCAAUUGCAGGAGUAA